AUGAUCUUUGCCUCGUCCCUUUUAGGCCGAGAGAUCCAGCAACGGUGGACUAAUCUGAGACGCUGUUUUCUGUGGGAAUUGCGGGAACAAAAGAAAUCCAGGUCCGAACAAGCUGCAAAGAGGAGAAGGAAGUACAUCUACUUUGACCAGCUUCUCUUUCUUUUGCCUACCAUAGAGCAGAGAGGAACAGUGAGCAAUUCUCAGCCCUAUGAAGACGAAAUUAUUGCUGAACCGACGGAAACGACCGAACCACCAGGGGACGUGGCCAAAGAACCGCUUGCGUCCACAUCAGCUGCAUGUAACACGGCUCCCAAAACUUUCAAGAGGAAACAUUCCUCCUCUGACACUUCUUAUGAACAAAAACUAUUGGAUAUUCUAAGAGAAAGAGCUGACAAGGUUGAAGAAAUCGAUGAAGAUAAAUCAUUUCUUCUUAGCUUUCUGCCUGCCGUGAGACGUAUGUCAUCAGAGGCGAAGUUUAAAGCUAAAUUGGAGGUCUUGAAAAUCAUGCACAAGUUCGAACUCAGUGAUAGUUCAUGA